GAUAUAAAUGAAGAAGCACAAGGCCAAUAAUCAACUCACAAGUUACGUACGACACUUGCAAUUAUUUGGAAUCCCAAAAUGCCUUCCCUCCGCUCUACCAGAAAACCAACCUUCUUGUUCAUCCCAAUACUAGUACUGUUCAUAUCAUUCCUUCUUACUCUCUCUCAAGUCUCUGUUGUUGAAGGUGAUUGUACAGAACAGAAUAAUGACACAUUAAUAAUUGGAGUUCCAGGCAAGGCCUCUUUUGAAAACUUUGUGAAGAUAAGUAAUUCUAAGAAUCAAGACGAGAGGGAUUACUCCGGUUUCUGCAUUGAAAUUUUUCAAGAGGUUCGAAGGAUAUUGGGUAGGCCUUGUAAAUUUGUGGAGUUCAAUGGGACGUAUGAUGAAUUAGUUGAUAGUGUAGCCAACAAGACUUAUUGCGCUGCCGUAGGCGAUAUAACAAUAUUAGCAAACCGAUCGAAGAAAGUGGAAUUCACCGUACCGUUUACAGAGUCGGGCUUGUCGAUGGUAGUGCCGGUGAAGCCCAGCCCGAAGCCGUGGAUUUUCCUGAAGCCUUUCACUCUGGGAAUGUGGUUGGCUACAGCGGCUGUUUUGGUCUACACUAUGCUUAUAGUUUGGUUCGUCGAACAUCGGUCCAAUCCGGAUUUCAGUGGUCCGUGGAAUGAUCAACUCGGAAGUGCUCUUUGGUUCACCUUCUCUUCACUCUUCCUUGCUCACAGGGAGAGGAUUCAAAGCAACUAUGCUCGGAUUGUGGUGGUGGUGUGGCUUUUUCUGGCAUUGGUCUUAACCCAAAGCUACACCGCUAACCUCACGUCAAUGCUUACAAUCUCACGACUCCGACCGAAACCCUGGUCUCCAUCAAAAGUCGGUUGUGAUAAUUAUACAUUCAUGCAUAAUUACGUUCGAGAUGUGCUUAACUACAAGAAUGUAAGUCUCAUCAACGACGAGGGUGAGUAUCUACGGGAGUUCGAGGCCGACAAUAUCUCAGCAGCGUUUCUUGAGAUCCCUUAUGCCAAAGUUUUUGUCAAUAAAAAUUGCAGGAAAUUUACCAUCAUUGGAACCACAUACAGAUUUGGAGGAUUUGGCUUUGUGAGUACUGAACAUGCAAAAAAUUUUCCUUUUUGUUGGCGUUUCUUUUCCUUUUAUUUCAUAGUAUUUGAUGACUUCAAAGCAUGUACAAAGAUAUCUUCAUAUAUUCAUGUUCCUUUGCAGGUAUUCCAAAAAGGUUCUUCACUAGUUGCUAGUGUCUCGGAAGUCAUUCUCGAACUCUCAGAGAACGGGACUCUGAAAAGCCUAGAAGAGGCUUGGUUAACUCCCAACAAAGUGUGUUCAAAAUCUUAUCUGAAUAUGACUGAGAAUACAAUGGAGGAGAACGUUGAUAGCUUGAGCCUCCGAAGCUUCUGGGGCCUAUUCUUCUUCUCCGUUGGCACUUCCUCUGUUUGUUUUCUCCUAUUCCUUGGGCACUUACUGAGGAACUACUGCCGUCAUCACUCAUCUCAAGUGGCUGAUGUGAAUGCAAAUAAUGAGAGCGUUUCAGUCAGGAUAGUUAGAGUUGCAGGUUACUUGAUGAAUGCUGAGAUUAGAAGUCCAUGGAGAUCUCCAUCCUCCCGUCGGGUAGUGUCUGAAACUGAAAGGAGCUAA